CGCCUCUAUUUUGUUUGUCCAGGCGGGGCCCCUCCUUUUUGAUUUAAUACCACCCAAUGAUACCAACGACAGAAGGGUUGCCUCAAACAGAGAAAUCUCACUGGUUGAUUUUUCUGCUAGACGAGAAAAAAAUUACCCGUGUGACGUAUCGCUUUGGGGCAACACCACUGUUGGGCGGAAUUAAAGCAGACGGGAUUAACAUUUCCGUGUCUUCAGAAACAACAUCUGUUACGGUGCAUUGAAGAAGACUAACGUGUGGAGAUGUACCGGCACAUUCAAGCGCUCCAGCAGGUGUCGCGGCGGAUGCUGAGUAGCAGCGCUCGCCGGCAGGUGGAGAACAAGGUCCCAGAGAAGCAGAAGUUUUUCCAGGAGGACAAUGGAAUUCCCGUUCAUUUGAAAGGGGGUGUGAGCGAUGCUAUCCUGUACAGAGCAACAAUGACCCUCACUAUCGUCGGAGCUGCAUAUGUCGUGUAUGAACUUGCUUGUGCCGCUUUCCCCAAGAAGAAGGCGUAACCACAUCUCGCCCGUUUUACACGUCGCCAUGUCAGUUGUAAGAAGCUGUUUCCAUGUAAUCAUGCAGUAAAUGUUUCCUGUCAUAAUGGCUUUUGUUUCAGGUUGACGGGAUCGAUAUUAAUUCAUUUUAACUGAGGAUAAUUAAACAUGCCUCUCAUUA